UCCCGGCACUUGACAUGGCGGCAGCGGCGGCGACUGCAGCGUCGAAAGGGAAUGGGGGCGGCGGGGGCCGUGCCGGGGCCGGCGAAGCCAGCAGCUCGCGGAAGAAAAAGGGCCCGGGGCCUCUGGCCACGGCAUACCUGGUCAUCUACAAUGUGGUGAUGACCGCGGGGUGGCUCGUUAUAGCAGUUGGUCUGGUCAGAGCAUACCUGGCUAAGGGUAGCUAUCAUAGCCUUUAUUAUUCCAUUGAAAAGCCUUUGAAAUUCUUCCAAACUGGAGCCUUAUUGGAGAUUUUACAUUGUGCAAUAGGAAUUGUUCCAUCUUCUGUUGUCCUGACUUCUUUCCAGGUGAUGUCAAGAGUUUUUCUAAUAUGGGCAGUAACACAUAGUGUCAAAGAGGUCCAGAGUGAAGACAGUGUCCUCCUGUUUGUUAUUGCCUGGACAAUCACAGAAAUUAUCCGUUACUCCUUUUAUACCUUCAGUCUGUUAAACCAUCUGCCUUACCUCAUCAAAUGGGCCAGGUACACACUCUUCAUUGUGCUGUACCCAAUGGGAGUGUCGGGAGAACUGCUCACAAUAUAUGCCGCUUUGCCCUUUGUCAGACAGGCUGGCCUGUACUCCAUCAGUUUACCUAACAAAUACAAUUUCUCCUUUGAUUAUUAUGCAUUCCUAAUUCUGAUAAUGAUCUCUUACAUUCCAAUUUUUCCCCAGUUAUACUUCCACAUGAUACACCAGAGAAGAAAGAUCCUUUCUCAUACUGAAGAACACAAGAAGUUUGAAUAGUUCCUUCUUCCUGCACAUCCCCAGAAACAAACUUUACAAUGACAAAAAAUGCUGCAGACUUUUUCA